ACAUGUGAGGAGGCAGCCAAACUUGUAAACCUCCACAAACGCCUUGAACAGCAGCGGGUAACUGCACCCUACUUCCGUUUGAACGACUCUGCACCCGGUGCACAGGUCCUCCCUCGGGUGGUCGAGGCCGCAGCUUUUCGUUGGCAUAGCUCCUCCGUGAACACGACCUACGUGCGUCUGGUUGCCGCUGGCUCACAGACCACCGAACGGAUAGCCGAUCAGAUGCGGCGGGAUUUUAGGAUACCCGAAAAAAGGGCGGCGUACUUGAGGCUCAUUGGACUAGCCUUGUCCAGCAACACAGCUUCCGCUUGGGCCGAAAUUGAGCGCAUGGCGUUCUCCAAGAGGCCGGCUGUUCCUCUCGAUAUAAUUGUCAAGGUAUACGCGGACGCAGGACGGCAAAACGAGGCUGCUGAUAUUAUCGCAAAAUUGCCCCUAGAACAGAAAAUAAGAUCUCUCGUAAUGAUUGGAAAAUCCCAUGAGGCCAUAAAUAUUGCGACUCAAGAGCGAUCUGAUCGUCUCCUUUAUCUGAUCCAACGACUCCUACACAAAACGGACAGACCUGCGGCUGACCAAGUUGGAAGGAUUCGUCAGCAGCUCUCAUUAAACUCUCCUUCAUCGUGA